GUACCAAAAAACUAUUUAAAGCAGCUUCUCUCUUCUUAGACGUCACCUGACCUUAUUCUUUUCUUCCGAGCGUACCAACCGUCCCACUAGACCGAACCGUUUCGGUUUGCUUAUAAUAUUGGUUAAAUUCAAGACGAACCGAUCGAUAUGGGUUCGGUUCGUCUAUUUGACCGAUUCAUAAAUUCAAAAAGUUCCCGGGUUUCGAAGGUAAUCGGAAGAAACAUGUCGUCGGUCUCAAUACAGCCCCAUUUGUAUCAAUUGGUUGUAGCAGCGCUUGAAAAAUGCAGUAAUCUCAAUCACCUCAAGCAACUUCAAGGAUUUCUUAUUUCACACGGUCAUUCACAAACGCAGUUCUUUGCCUUCAAGCUUGUUCGCUUUUGCAACCUUACUCUUACUGACUUAUGUUAUGCUCGCUACAUUUUUGAUAAUCUAACUUCCCCAAAUGUUUAUCUUUAUACUGCAAUGAUCACAGCUUAUGCCGCAUACCCCGAUCCUAAAGCUGCGUUUCUUUUGUACCGUAACAUGGUCCGCCAUGGAGCCAUUCGACCGAACCAUUUUAUCUACCCCCAUGUCCUUAAAUCUUGCCCUGAUGUUUUGGGGUCCAAUGCCACGAAAAUGGUUCAUACCCAGGUUCUGAAAUCUGGAUUUGGUCGAUACCCAGUUGUUCAAACAGCCAUUGUUGAUUCCUAUUCGAGGUUCUCUUCGGUUAUUGGGAAUGCAAGACAGAUGUUCGACGAAAUGGUCGAGAGAAGUGUAGUGUCUUGGACGGCCAUGAUUUCAGGGUAUGCGAGGCUUGGGAACUUUGAUAGUGCAAUUGAGUUGUUUGAAAGUAUGCCGGAGAGGGAUGUCCCUGCUUGGAAUGCUCUUAUUGCUGGUUGUGCUCAAAACGGAUUCUUCUGUGAAGCGAUUUGGUUGUUCAAAAAAAUGGUUUCUCUGGCGCUAGAGGGUAAUAAUAAUGAUCGUGAAAAUAAGCCGAAUAAGACCACACUUGCAUCUGCACUAUCAGCUUGUGGAAAUACUGGGAUGCUUCAUCUUGGUAAGUGGAUUCAUGGUUAUGUUUUCAAAACUUAUCCUGGUCAGGAUUCGUUUAUCUCAAAUGCUUUGCUAGAUAUGUAUGGAAAAUGUGGCAAUUUAAAAGUUGCGAGGAGAGUUUUUGACAUGAUUACUUUAAAAAGCUUGACAUCAUGGAAUUCCUUGAUAAAUUGUCUUGCACUCCAUGGCCAUAGUGGAAGUGCAAUUGAUUUGUUUGCAGAGUUGGUUCAAUGUGGGGAUGGUGUAAAGCCAGAUGAGGUUACCUUUGUGGGUGUGUUGAAUGCUUGUACUCACGGAGGAUUAGUUGAAAAAGGUUACUCAUACUUUGAAAUGAUGAGGCGGGAUUACGAUAUCGAGCCUCAGAUUGAACACUUUGGGUGCUUGAUAGACCUUCUUGGCCGUGCAGGGCGGUUUGAGGAAGCAAUGGAAGUUGUGCGAGGCAUGAAUAUUGAACCAGAUGAGGUUGUAUGGGGUUCUUUACUAAAUGCAUGCAAAAUCCAUGGUCGUUCAGAUUUAGCUGAAUACUCGGUGAAAAAGUUGAUCGAGAUGGAUCCAAAAAAUGGCGGUUAUAGAAUUAUGCUAGCUAAUAUAUAUGCCGAGCUUGGAAAGUGGGAUGAGGUUCGGAAGGUUCGGAAGCUUUUGAAGGAGAAAAAUGCUUAUAAAACACCAGGUUGCAGUUGGAUUGAGGUUGAUAAUCAGGUCUAUCAGUUCUAUUCUUUUGACAUGACACAUCCCAGUGUAGAACAGAUAUACAAAACCUUAGAAAGUAUGAUCAGCUUUAUGUAAAAGGAAAAUGAAGAUUUGCAUCAAAUUGGAGCAUUUUCGACAUUCCAUGCUAUUGGUGAUCGGCUGAUCGCCAUUUAUCAGAUGAGAAAGUCGAACCACAAGAGGAUCAUCAAGCUCUACCGAGCCUCUCCUUCCAGUUGCACAGUCUUCUUUGAGGUCUAUAAAAAAGACUUCAUGAAAGAAGACUUAUCUAUUCUUAGCUUGAAUUGGGGUAUUGUUUUCUAAGUACAGACAAUUGACAACAUUAGCAAAACAGAAGGACAGCAAUUGGAGGCAAUUAAGUGAUAGUUUAGAGAAAUUGCAAGCAACUUUGAUCGAAUUUUGUUCCCUUUAUAUGCUUGUGUUGACCCUUAAACAACAUGAAGGUAGUAGUAUGGUUCAAUUGCUGAUGAUGAUAAAAUGGCCAACCGGGGAAGCUUUUUGGAGUUCUAUGAACAAAUUAAUGACCGUAAGUCUUAAGGUAUGUGACUGUUUUAGUUAUGUCUACCACCAAGUUGUUCAUGGACAAUGAACAUCUACAAGUUCAUAAGUUUGAAGAAUUGACAUCUCAACGGUGAAAUUUUUCCAUUUGGAAAUUGCUUUGUAUAGAUGUUUUAUACAACGAAUCUGCAUCAUUUGUCAGAGGCUUCCCCCCAAUUUUUCUUUAUGGGAAAAGGGAGAGAUUUUGUAUUCAUUAUCGAUUUUUUUUUUUC